GAAGAAGACGAGUGACCGAUCCAUUGAGGGUAAACAAGGAUCAAGUGGACUUCAGUGGCGACUAUAAUAUUGAAUUAAUUCAACAAAGUUGAAAUUGUGGGACUUACCUGAGACUCCAAUGCAGUUCCCGGAGCAAGUACGAGAGGAAAUCUUACAAAGGAUUCAAGCGAGAUUCCUCUUAAUUCUUAGAAAUGGAACAUUAGACCUAGAUUAUCUAUUGAAUGUUGCUCAGCAAGAGCUUUCUUUAGCAGCAGUGGCAUCACAACACUUAAAUAUCCCACCGGAACUCAUCACCGGCCUACAGGAGCUGAUAAACAUCAUUAGCUUGUCUGAUACAUCUGCUCAGCAAGCAUCUGUUAAUGCAUCAGAUGCUGUAACUGUGGGUGAACUGGGGUGGCCUCGUCUAGAGAUUGCAGGAGAUGAUAUUAAAGCUCUCCUUUCCAAUGCACUGUCUGUAGAAUAUCUAGCAAACUUGUAUGGUAUUUCAAGAAGGACAUUUUACAGGCGAAUGAAAGAACAUGGUCUCUCUGUUCAUGGAUGCUAGUCCAACAUUUCUGAUGAUGAAUUGGAUUGCGUUGUGAGGUCCAUAAAAGCAAGAAUGCCCCAUGCUGGGCAUAGACUUGUUAAGGGUGAGCUGUUAGCCAGAGACUACCAUGUGCAAUGGUGUAGAGUGUGGAGUAGUGUACAACGUGUGGAUGAGCUGGGGUUUUGGCUAGAAUGGUACAGGUUGGAUUUGUAUCUCGCAGAACCUACAGUGUUCCUGCACCACUGUCCUUGGUUCAUGUGGAUACCAACCACAAAUUAAUCAGAUUUAAUAUUGUGAUAUUCGGUGGAAUUGAUGGCUUCUCAAGGAGGAUCUUAUAUCUUGAUGCCGCCACAAACAACAAAGCUUCCACUGCCUUCUCUUUCUUUAUGGAUUGGAUGGUGUACACAAACACGGAUGGCCGUUGAGAGUACGUGGUGACCAAGGAGUGGAAAACGUGGAUAUUGCCCGAUGCAUGUUCUCAGUGCGAGGAACUGGACGUGGAAGUUUCAUUGCCGGGAAAAGUGUACACAAUCGGAGAGUGGAGCGGCUAUGGCGCGACGUAUGGUCAGCUGUCACUUGCAACUACUAUGAAGACCUACAUGCUCUGGAGGAAGAGGGGCUGCUUGACCUCUCAGAUGAAAUACACCUCUUCUGUGUGCAUUACGCGAUUCUACCAUGACUGAGGUCUGAUCUGAAGUGCUUCUUGAAUGGUUGGAACAAACAUCCUCUAAGAACAGAAGGAAACCUGUCUCCUAACCAGCUGUGGCACAUUGGGAUGCUACAAACAUCUGUGCCAGAUGUAGAGCAAACAGAGAAUUAUUUCCCAGACUGUACCGGUGACCCUGAGGAUGGAGUGGUGGUGACAGAGAUUCCCUGCCCCCUGUCAGAGAGGAACUUUGCCAUACUCGAAGAAUCAGUUAACCCCACAGUUUCGCCAUUGUGCCAUAAGGACUUGUACAUACAAACACUUGAUCUUGUGCACAGACUGUCCUAAGCAAAAUCUAUGCAGGUAAAUUUCAGAGUUGUCACUAUGAAUUCUAAUUUUAUUCCCCUUGAACAAAAGUACAACACAGUAAUUCUUGAGGAUAAUCAUCGCAACAGGAUUGGUCAGUGGACUAAUGUGUCUUCAACAGGCCUGAUACUGCAGCUUUCUCAUGAGCUAAAUGCUGAGGCUCCACAAGGCCAUUAUUCAUUAAUUGCUAAAAUUGACAAUAGGUUGGUCUCACACUACUUUAAGGUGCAAAAGUAUGUUUUACCCAAGUUUGAGGUUACAGUAAAAGCACCAGAAGAACACAGCAUCGGUGAGGAGGAACUGAAGCUGAAGAUUUGUGGAAAGUACACUUAUGGACAGCCAGUACCUGGUGCAGCACUGGUCCAAGUGUGUCGUAAAUUUAGGCAGAGUUAUCAUCGUGAGGAUGCCCCAAUGAUUUCACCAUGCCUGGUUGAAACAGUGGAGAUUAAUCAGGCUGGUUGUGCUUUCCUUAUUCUGAAUGUAUCAACUUUCCUGAAUACUGAAUUUGAAGAUAAUCUUGAGAAGAGUCUUAAUGCUACUGUUACACUGACAGAGGAAGGAACAGAAUUUUCCAUGGUAAAAUCUGUAAUCAUAGCACUCACUUACCAAAUUGGCAAAGUGGAACUUGUGGAUUUACCAAAAAACUUUGAAAGAGGGGGAAUUAUAGAAGGAAGAAUUAACGUUACAACCUUCAGUGGAACACCAAUUCCUAACAAGAAGGUGUAUCUUUCAGAAGGCAAAUGGUGGUCUCUAAAGUUACUACUUAAUCUCACUACAGACAGUAAUGGAUUGGCAAACUUCUCAGUCACUUCACCAGAACCUCCUACAACAGAGAUAAUACUGCAAGCAAGCGUCUUUCCAGUGGUCAAAUACCCUGCAUACAAAACCCCAUUCUUCUCAAAUGCUGUUGCACUUAUACAGUUGCUCCAACCUGCCACACCUUACAGUCCAGUAUUCAGUGAACUGUCAAUAGAGAGCUCAGAGAGACCAUUUAAAUGUGGUGCUGAAAUUCCUAUAACUGUUAACUACAUUAUUGUUGGGGAAACUACUGAAAAUUACAGCAUUGAUAUUAUCUACAUUGUCUUAUCUAAAGGAGCCAUAGUCCAUCAUGGGCAUGAAAAAGUUGAAGUGAGAGACUCUGCAGAUGUCAGAAAAGGAAAAAUCUCAUUCAAACUGUCUGUUGUUGCUGAGUUGGCUCCUAUAGUGCAGGUUCUGGCAUACUCUGUCCUGCCCAGUGAGAAUGUGAUUGCUGCUAACAAGAAUUUUGAUGUGGAAAAAUGCUUCAGAAAUAAGGUUUCGCUACAGUUCUCUCCCUCUAAAACCGUUCCUGGUGAGAAGAACACACUCCAGCUUACAGCUCAUCCUGGUUCACUGUGUGGCCUCAGCGUUGUGGAUCAGAGUGUGUUCAUCUUGAAGACAGAAACCCGUCUAAACACCGACAAGAUAUUUAAUUUGUUGCCAGUGACAUCUGUACUAGUGUAUCCCUAUGGGGUUGAAGAUGAGCAAGAGUGCAUGCAUGUUAGACUUCAACGGGAUGCAAGGAUUGGCCAUACUUACAAAACAUUAAAGGGGGUGGGGCUGAAGAUGGCAACAAAUUUGGCUAUUAGAGAACCUCACUGCUUGGUGUACGAAGGCAUGCGAUAUAAUCAAAUAUAUAUUCAAGAAGACAUACAUGGGCUUUAUGUACCACAACUAGGGCAUGGUUAUGCAGCACCUGGAGGAGCUGUUGAGACAGAUCGUAAAUUCUUCCCAGAAACAUGGCUAUGGCAACUGUCUGAAGUGAGGGACACUGGAUCAUUAGAGCUUCCUGUCACUGUUCCUGACACCAUCACCACUUGGGAGACAGAAGCUUUCUGUGUUUCUUCUGUGGGUCUGGGACUGGCUCCUCCUGUUCAGCUCACUGUAUUUCAGCCCUUCUUCCUGGAGCUCUCAUUGCCCUACUCCAUUAUCCGGGGAGAAGUUUUUGAGCUGAAGGCCACUGUCUUCAAUUAUCUUUCCAAAUGCAUUAUGGUUAAAGUGACUCCUGCCCCUUCCUCAGACUACACUCUGAAGCCCUCUUCUGAUGGCGAGUAUUCAUCCUGCCUGUGUGCAAAUGGCAGAAAAACCUUCAAAUGGACUCUCAUUCCCACUGUACUUGGAGUCUUGAAUGUGACAGUGAGUGCAGAGGCAGAACAAUCCCAGACUGUGUGCGAUAAUGAGAUUGUGAGUGUCCCAGAGAGAGGCCGUAUUGACACAGUUACACGGAGUCUAAUUGUCCAGCCAGAAGGAACUGAGAAGACGAAGAGCAAGAGCUGGUUAUUAUGUCCGCAGGGCAACAGUGUCUCUGAAAAGUUGGAGCUGAUUCUUCCUGAAGAUGUAAUAAAGGGAUCAGCACGAGCUUCUGUUUCAGUACUUGGAGACAUACUUGGCCGUGCAUUAAAAAAUCUAGAUGGAUUGCUAAGGAUGCCAUAUGGCUGUGGAGAACAAAACAUUGCUCUCCUUGCCCCCAAUAUCUACAUUCUUCAGUAUCUAGAGAACACUGAACAGCUCACCAGAGCUAUCCGUGAGAGGGCUACUGGCUUCCUUAAGAGUGGAUACCAGAGGCAACUUAACUAUAAAAGUAUAAAUGGUGCAUAUACCACAUUUGGCAGGGGAGAGGGGAACACAUGGUUAACUGCUUUUGUCUUGAGGACAUUUGGCAAAGCACAACAUUACAUCUUUAUUGAUCCAGAAAGCAUUAAUAGUGCAAAAAACUGGCUACUUUCUAAGCAGAGAUCAGAUGGAUGUUUUAUUAGACAAGGGAGCCUGUUCAAUAACAGAAUGAAAGGUGGUGUAAAUGAUGAUGUGACUAUUACUGCCUAUAUCACUGCAUCACUGCUUGAAUUGGGUACUGCUGUCCAGGAUCCUGUUGUAAAUAAUGGACUGUUGUGCCUCAAGUCUUCUAUUGGUAACCUGACAAACACCUACACCACUGCACUUUUGGCCUACACUUUCAGUCUGGCUGGAGAGAAUAAAAUUCGGGAACAGCUACUAAAAGAGUUGGAUAAUGUCGCUAUUUCAGAUGGUCAUCUUCAUUGGUCUCAGUCAGCAUCAGAUGACUCCGACACAUUGUCAGUGGAAAUCAGCUCCUAUGUUCUUCUAGCUGUUCUCACUGAAGGUCAGCUCACUGCUGCUGAUUUGGGUUAUGCUAAUAGGAUAGUCAGCUGGCUGGUGAAACAGCAAAAUCCUUAUGGAGGCUUUUCCUCCACCCAGGACACAGUUGUGGCCCUCCAAGCUCUGGCGCUGUACUCCUCUAAAGUGUUCAACUCAGAUGGCUCUAGUACAGUAACUGUAAAGUCAUCAGAUGGACACAGUCACAACUUUGAUGUGAACCAGAACAACAAGUUACUGUACCAAGAAAGAUCAUUGCAGAAUGUUCCUGGAAAAUACAGCAUUGAUGUGAAGGGCUCAACCUGUGUGUCAGUACAGAUAGCACUUUUCUACAAUGUCCCUGUACCUAAUGAAUCCAGUGCACUGAGCAUCACAGCGAAGACUGAAGGAAACUGCACAAAAUCAUUUGGACAAACUUUGUCCAUCAAUUUCACUGUUGGAUAUACUGGUGCAUUUGGCAGCACGAACAUGAUCAUAGCGGACAUAAAACUCUUAUCAGGAUUCACAGCAGAUCCUGGUGAACUGAAAAAUGGCAUUUUUGUGGGACGGGUUGAUUCUAAAGAUGAUCAUAUUAUCAUGUACAUCAAUGAGCUCCCAAAGAAUAUCCCUAUCAACUAUGAGCUACACAUUAAACAGGUGCUUCCUGUCAAGAAUCUCAAGCCGGCGGUGAUCAAAGUUUAUGAUUACUACCAAACAAGUGAUCAUUCAGAGGUGGAGUACACCUCCCCGUGUGUGUAGAAAUUUGGAUUGAAGAUGCAGAAUGUCCUUUGUAUAUCUGCAGUAUGAUGGUUUUAGUUAAUGACAAAGAUUUUCUUUUUGUUUGUAUUGAAAUAAAAAUACUUUUCAAAUGCCUUA